AUGACGAUCUCAUGUACUUAUAGUUAUUCAUAUGGCUCCAGCGGUGUAAAGGGUCUUUUUCGGAAUCGCUAUGCAGCCGGGUGCGCCAUUUUUGCCUCGAUAGGUGGACUUUCCUUUGGGUACGAUCAAGGUGUCAUGGCAAACAUCCUAGUGAUGAAAGACUUCCUUGCACGGUGGCCGAUUGGCCCCUGGGAGAAAGGCUUGAUGACUGCUGUGUUGGAACUGGGAGCACUCUUUGGCGCUCUUUCAUCUGGUGUAUUGGCAGACAGAUACUCUCGACGGCACUCUAUUUUCCUGGCUUCUGUCGUUUUCUGCAUUGGUUCUGCUGUACAGUGCAGCGCGGGCUCACUCACCGACAUUAUUUUGGGUCGAGCCAUUGGUGGUUUUGGAGUCGGUGCACUAAGUAUGCUUUCGCCGUUGUACAUGGCUGAAAUCAGCCCUCCAGAAUUACGAGGCUCACUUAUGGCCUUGGAGCAAUUUGCUAUUGUACUUGGCGUAGUAUGUGGUUUUUGGAUAGGUUUUCUCACUCGUACUCUGGAAGGAUCAGCUUCAUGGCGUAUACCGCUGGGCGUUCAGCUGGCUCCGGGUGUUUUGCUCUGUGCUGGCUGCUUUUUGCUACCCCCUUCACCGCGUCUAAUGGUCUUAAGAGGCCGAAUAGAGGAAGGCUUACAAUCUCUAGCUCGUCUUCGUUUGCGGACUCCCGAGGAAGCUGACAGCGACCCUCUACUCCAGUUAGAAUUAUUAGAAAUGCAAGUCGACGUAGCUCUUUUGCAGAAGAUGAACAUCUCCCAAGAUAAGGAUGGAGUUCACAACGGUGCUCUUGCAUGGGGGAGACUGUUCGAUCGUAAAUACAUCAAUCGUACACUAAUUGGGGUUAUGAUGAUGUUUUUCCAACAAUGGAGCGGUAUCAACGCAUUACUAUACUACGGCCCUACGCUGGUAAAAAACAUUGGUUUGAGGGGCGAUACUGUGACGUUGGUCGUUUCCGGUGGUAUCGGAAUAGUACAAUUCCUCGCUGUUUUCCCUGCCAUCGUACUGGUCGAUCGAUUGGGACGCAAGCCUCUCCUAAGAGGCGGCAGUGCUCUUAUGUCCGCAUCACACUUCCUCAUCGCUGUACUAAUCCGCCAGUUCGAAGCUGACUGGCCAUCGCACUACGUAGCGGCUUGGACAGCGGUGAUAUGUGUGUAUACAUUCACAGCAGCUUAUGGCGUAAGUUACGGGCCCAUCGGGUGGAUCCUACCAAGUGAAGUGUUCCCCUUGUCAAUGCGGAGCAAGGGCGUCUCACUAUCAACUGCCUCGAACUGGAUCAAUAACUUUUUGAUUGGCCUCGUCACCCCAGCACUCUUGGAAAUAUCUCCAGCCGCGACUUUCCUCAUCUUUUCCUGUGCUUGUUUUGCAGGGUACCUCUGGUCGACACACCUCGUACCAGAGACAGCAAAUGUAUCUCUAGAAGAAAUCGACGCAGUAUUCAACUCUACAGCUGGUCAGGAGGAUAUAAUUCUCAAACACGAGCUUGAGCGCGAACUCGGUGUGCAUGACUUACUCAAGGACCUGGUAGCGGAAUAAUUUCAGUUUUAUCAAAUCUGACAUACUUUUACACAUACUAUAUAUAAUAUGAUAACCAUGGAUUCACUCACUACUGUUUUUUUAUAUAUGAAAUAGU